AGACUGCACGUGGGCGUGGCCAUGGGCGUGACAGCUGACGCUACAGCAAUCGUUGGAGUGUCACGCUGCCAUCACAGCGGGUUUUCAAGCACAAUAGCACAUCGUUUUAAGAGACGGAAGCAGCUACAACCAUGUCUGAGGCUGAGUUUCAGAAAGCAGCAGAGGAAGUCAAACAGCUGAAAGCGAAACCAACAGACGCUGAGAUGCUGGAAAUUUACAGUCUGUUCAAACAGGCCACCGUAGGAGAUGUUAACACAGCUCGACCAGGCAUGUUAGAUUUCACUGGCAAGGCCAAAUGGGAUGCCUGGGAUGCCAAGAAAGGUACAAGUAAGGAGGAUGCUAUGAAAGCAUACAUCGCUAAAGUAGAGGAGCUGAAGGGGAAAUACGGAAUCUAAUAGACGGAACCCAUCGUGGCCAGCCUGCCUUUACCUGUACUGUUCUCCCAUAAAACGCCUUAAGGCCUCCAGUGUGUCCCCUCACAAGGGUGUAACAGUUAUGCUGUGGCAUGCAUACUCUGUUCUGUGUGAGAGAAUAGGCACGUUCCUCGCAGGCCAAGAGAAAUCGUCUACCAGCAACUAUGUAGUGAAAAACCCAAAUGAAUUCAAAUUUAUGCAAUGCCAUAAAAUCACUUUUGGAAAAACCAUGUUUGCUUUUUCUUAACAACACUGACUAAGAAAAAAUGUUAAAAACUUGGAUGUUUUUUUGUUGUUUGAGACCCUGUGAAAGAUUUUGUGAUUAAAAAUAACCUGAUCAAAAAAUAAAAUGCAUUUAUUGUA